AUGACAAAUCUUCUUGCAGGUGUCGCGCUCAUUACUGGGGCCGGAUCCGGUAUCGGCCAAUCAACCAGUAUGGCUUUCGCUAGGCAUGGAGUCCAGAAACUCGCACUUCUUGAUAUUGACGAUGCUGGAUUGGAAACUACGGCUGCUAUGAUAUCCCAGCAAACGAACAAGCGAGUGGAGUCACUGAAAAUUAAGAUUGACGUUAGCGAUGAGAAAGCGAUAGUUCAAGCGAUUCAGAAAGUAGUGGAUGCAUUUGGACGGAUCGACAUUGCCAUCAAUAACGCGGGAAUAGGAGGACCGAUUAUGGAUUCAACCAAGAUCUCCACUGAUGAAUUCCGUCGAGUUCUGGAUGUUAAUAUGAUUGGUCUAUGGGUCUCCCAGAGAGAGGAAAUACGACAAAUGCUUGCCCAAAGUCCCAUUGAAAUACGGUGGGAUAAAGGCGUUAUCGUGAAUAUGUCGUCUAUCUUUGGGCUUACUAGCCCGUCUGCGUCGACUCCUGCAGCACCAUACAACACCAGCAAGCAUGGCGUGAUCGCAAUAACAAGAAACGACGCGAAUUCGUUUGCCAAAGACGGCAUUCGAAUCAAUGCGAUAUGUCCGGGUUAUGUUACUACCAAGAACCUCGCGCAAGCGGUGACUGAAGACGAGGUUAUGCGCAAAGAACUUGAGAAGGUUCCUAUGGGUCGCCUUGCGGAUCCAUCCGAGAUUGCGGAAGCUAUUUGCUUCUUAGCAUCGCCAAUGAGUUCUUAUAUGAGUGGGGCGAGUCUUGUUAUCGAUGGGUAUUGCUAA